GGCUCACUCCCUGUCUGUUCUCAGCUACUGUACCCAGCGAGGAGGGGGAGGACUGUCAUCCAGGGAAGGCAGCAGAAGGGGGAGUGUGCAAGGAUGGCAACCCUGGUGGAACCUGGACCGGACAUCGACCCAUCAAAUAGCAUUCCCAACCCAUCCUCUAUCUCCCCCAGCCUGUCCCACAGGUUCCAAGACAACAAAUUUUACCUGUUGGUGGUGAUUGGGGAAAUAGUGACAGAAGACCAUUUAAGAUGUGCCAUCGCUAAUAUAGAGAGAGGAAUAAGAUCAUGGGACACCAACCUGAUCGAAUGCAACUUGGAUCAAGAACUUAAGCUUUUUGUCUCCCGUCACUCAGCUAGAUUUUCUCCAGCAGCUAGAGGUCAAAAGAUUCUUCACCACAGAAGCGAUGUAUUGGAGACUGUAGUUUUAAUCAACCCAUCUGAUGAUGCAGUCAGUACUGAGGUCCGUUUGAUGAUUUCUGAUGCUGCUAGACACAAACUACUUGUGCUAACUGGACAAUGCUUUGAAAACACAGGAGAACUUAUUCUCCAAUCUGGAUCAUUCUCCUUCCAGAACUUUAUUGAGAUAUUUACAGAUCAGGAGAUUGGUGAACUGCUGAGCACUACACAUCCAGCAAACAAAGCAAGCUUGACACUAUUUUGCCCUGAAGAAGGAUAUUGGAAGAAUUCAAGUCUAGAGCGACACAACCUUCAAGACUUUAUUAACAUAAAACUGAAUUCAGCUUCAAUUUUGCCAGAAAUGGAAGGGCUUUCAGAAUUUACAGAGUAUCUAUCAGAAUCUGUGGAAAUUCCUUCACCUUUUGACAUUUUAGAGCCACCAACCUCUGGUGGAUUCUUGAAACUCUCCAAGCCUUGUUGCUAUAUUUUCCCAGGUGGUAGAGGAGAUUCUGCCUUGUUUGCAGUAAAUGGGUUUAAUAUGCUUAUUAACGGUGGGUCUGAAAGAAAGUCAUGUUUUUGGAAACUCAUCAGACAUUUAGACAGGGUGGAUUCUAUACUACUCACACAUAUUGGGGAUGAUAACCUGCCUGGUAUUAAUAGUAUGUUACAAAGAAAAAUGGCAGAGUUAGAAGAAGAACAAUCCCAAGGGUCAACUACUAAUAGUGAUUGGAUGAAAAACCUUAUAUCCCCAGAUCUUGGAGUAGUUUUUCUUAAUGUUCCAGAUAAUCUGAAAAAUCCUGAACCCAACUUUAGUAUAAGGAGAAGCCUUGAAGAAGCUUCUUUUACACUUCAAUAUUUAAAUAAACUCUCAAUGAAACCUGAGCCUCUCUUCAGGAAUGUGGGGAACACCAUUGACCCUAUUAUUUUAUUCCAAAAAAUGGGUGUUGGGAAACUUGAAAUGUAUGUGCUGAAUCCAGUAAAAGGUAGCAAAGAAACUCAGUAUUUUAUGCAGCAGUGGUCAGGCAGUAAUAAAGAGAAAACUGGGCUGGUACUUCCAAAUGGUCAAGAAGUUGAAAUUCCUGUUAACUAUUUAACAUCUAUUUCCUCUUUGAUUGUCUGGCAUCCAGCAAAUCCUUUAGAAAAAAUUGUUAGAGUUCUGUUUCCAGGAAAUACAACUCAGUACCAAAUACUUGAAGGACUUGAAAAGCUCAAACAUCUAGAUUUCUUGAAACAACCUGUGAUAACCCAAAAGGACUUGAGUGAUAGUAUUUCAAGCCCAGCAGUAAAGCAAGCAAAGUUGAAACAGAGAGCAGAAAGUAAGGAGAGCUUGAAAAUGUCCACAAAGGCAACACCCAACAAGUCAGCCAAGAAGGGUUCUAAAGAAGAGCUAUCUGAAGGAGUAAAAAGCAGUCCUCCUGAACAAGUUCACAAGCUGGAGAGCAAGGAAAAAAACACAAUUAAAAAGACCCAGAAAACAGAGACUAAACCCUUGCCCGAGAAAAAUGUAGUGGCCAAAGAAGAGCCUGUAGUUAAAGCAGAAUCCAUUGAAAAACAAAAAGCUGAUGUCAAACCAAAAGCUCUUAAGGAAAAAACAACAAAGAAAGAAGUAAAAGCAAAAUCUGAAGAUGUCAAAGAAGAAAAGGAAAAAGUUAAAAAAGAUACUACUAAAAAGGAAGAAAAAACACAGUUUAAAAAAGAAGAAAAGCCUAAAAAGGAAGUUAAAAAAGAAGUAAAGAAAGAAGAGAAAAGGGAAACAAAGAAAGAAGUGAAGAAAGAAACUUCUCAGAAGGAAGUAAAAAAAGAAGAAAAGAAGGAUACUAAGAAGGAGGACAAGGAAAAGAAGCAAGAGAAAGAGGUUAAAAAAGAAACCAAGAAACCUGUUAAGGAGGCAAAGAAGCCAUCACCUACGUCUGACUCCAAAAAGCCUUCUGUAAAAACAAAAGUGCAAAAGAAAGAAGAUGUGAAAAAAGAAUCUGUAGCUCCAGGAAAAACAAAGGAAAAGAUUAAAGUAUCAAAAAAAGAUAGUAAAAUAUCUGACAAAAAGAUACUGGCUGCCGUGGGAGCAGUUACCACCACUGCAGCACUUUCUGCUGCUGCUGCAGCUGCUUCCGCUCCUGUUGAAGCAACAGCUAAUAUAGGGGACAUUGUGGCUGAAAGAUCCCUAAUGUCCUCCCCUGAAGAUUUAACAAAAGACUUUGAGGAUCUCAGAGUUGAAGAGGUGCUGUUACAAAAUGAAGUUAAGCCCCAGCUUCACAGAUUACCAUCCAGUGAUGAUAUUGAGAUAGUAAAGAGUGAACCUCAUAUUAUUAAUAAAGAUAAUACAAGUAGUGAAGAACCUGCAGACUCUCCAGAUGAAGGAAUAACUACAACAGAGGCUGAUGGUGAAUGUGAACAGACUCCUGAAGAAUUGGAAAUUGUAGAAAAACACAGAGAUGAAAAUGAGAAAUUUGAAGAUGAAGGUACAGGUCUUGAGGAGUCAUCUGAAGCUGGUGACUAUGAAGAAAAAGCUGAGACAGAAGAAGUUGAAGAGCAAGUAGAAGAUAUGGAAGAGAGAACUUCAGUUGGAGAGCAACCAGCCAUUGAGGUUGCUGAAGCAGAUGAAACUGAAGAAGAACCUGAUACUGAUGCAUACGAGCAUUUGAAAGGCAACAAUUAUAGUCAUGAUGAUAAUGCUGAUGAGGUAGGAGAAGAACAAGCAGAAUAUGCCGGUGAAUUUGUAGAAAAGGAAGAAACUGAAGAGACAGAAGAGGAGAUAGAUGAAGAUAAAACAGAUGAUGCCAAGGAGGAUGAAGAGGUUACAGAAAAAUUAGAGGAAGAUUAUGCUAUAAUUAUUAAAGAUACACUUGAAUUUGUCAGUGACAAUGAAGAUAAAUAUGUACAAUCAACCACUCCAUCUAGGGCAUCUGAGCCUCAGUCACCAGCUGUUGAAAAAGGUUCUUCCAUUCAUGAUGAGACUUUACCUGGAGGUUCUGAAAGUGAGGCAACUGUUUCUGAUGAAGAAAAUAGAGAAGAUCAGCCUGAGGAGUUCACCGCUACCUCUGGCUUUACACAUUCUACUAUUGAAAUAUCCAGUGAGCCAACUCCAAUGGAUGACAUGUCAACACCUAGGGAUGUAAUGAGUGAUGAAACAAACAAUGAAGAAAGUGAAUCUCCUUCUCAAGAAUAUGUCAAUGUCACUAAAUAUGAAGCUAAUUUGUACUCUCAGGAAUAUAACAGAAGUAGAGUUUCGCCAUUGCCUGAUGGUUUAAAUGGCCUUUCAGAUGUUUCGAAAACAGAUGCAACAGAUGGUAAGGAUUACAGUGCUUCAGCUUCUACGAUAUCACCUCCAUCUUCAUUAGAGGAGGAUAAAUUUUGCAAAUCGGCUCUGAGACAAGCAUAUAUGUGUGGAAACAUUGAAACAAAAGGAUCUACAAAUCUAGAAAUAAAGGAUGACUUUGAACUUGAUGAGAAACAAAGCCCAUGUAAGAGCCCAGCACUGCCUUCACCAAUAUCUAAAACACCAUUAAGUGAACGUAGUGUUAACUUUGACUUGACACCCAAUGAAAUUAAAAUAUCAGAGCUUGGUGUUCUUCCUCCAUUGCUAGAUGAAGUUCAUAAAGUAACUGAACAGUGCCCUAGCCCUGAGGAUAAAACCUUGGAAGUUACAUCUCCUGUUCAGUCUAUAGCUGGAAGUGCAGGUCACACACCCUAUUAUCAAUCACCUACUGAUGAAAAAUCUGCAAAUCUUGUUUCAGGAACAAUUGAAAAGUCUUCUAUUCCUGUUAUAUUUGAGUUUAGUGACAAAGAGUAUAGCGAGAGUCCUCGGAUUAGUCCCAUGGAUGAGCCUGUUCCAGAUUCAGAAUCUCCAAUUGAAAAAGUUUUAUCCCCAUUACGCAGCCCUCCAUUGAUAGGUUCAGAAGUAUCAUAUGACAAAUUAUUAAGUGCUAAUGUUCCAGGUACUUAUGUUGAAAAAACUCCUGAUGAGGAACAUUCUUUAACACAGUUUACUCGAAUAUCUGAAAAGUUAGCUGAUGAUGCAACGCAAGAAAAUUAUGAUUAUCACGAUAAUCAUGAUAGUGAUGAUAAUGAUGAUGAUAUUGUUGAAAAGAGACACAAGCUUUUAGAAAGUAAAGCAUACAAUGGGGAUGGAAUUGAUGAUCUUGAUAAUAAAGUUUUAUCUCCUAGUGUGCAGGAUGGAGGCAGAUUUGCAGGAGAGUCUUCCCCUACUCAGAUUAAUACAAAUCCAUUCAUAUUAUUUAAAGAAGACACAAAGAUGUCCAUAUCUGAAGGCACUGCAUCUGACAAAUCUGCUACACCUGUAGAUGAAGUUGUUGCUGAGGAUACAUAUUCUCAUAUAGAAGGUGUUGCAUCAGUUUCCACUGCAUCUGUUGCUACUAGUUCAUUUCCAGAGCCAACCACUGAUGAUGUGUCUCCAUCCCUGCAUGCUGAGGUUGGCUCUCCUCAUUCAACUGAAGUGGAUGACUCAUUGUCAGUAUCUGUUGUACAAACACCAACCACGUUUCAAGAAACAGAAAUAUCUCCAUCGAGAGAGGAGUGUCCCCGACCAAUGUCUAUAUCUCCACCAACUUUUUCACCUAGAACUGGAAAGUCUACCACUCCAUUGCAGGAGCAGCGGUCACCUGAACAGUCCACAAUGGAAUUUAGUCAGGAAUCACCAGAACAGUCAUUUGCAAUGGAUUUUAGCAGACAAUCUCCAGAACAUCCUGCAGUAGCUUCAAGUACACUCCAUAUAUCAGAAAAUGGACCAACAGAAGUAGAGUAUAGCCCUUCUGAUCCCCAUGAAUCAUAUUUUGGUAAUAAGGUAUCACCUAUAGAUAAUGGAUAUCAUGCCACAGAAAAAUAUCUUGGACACACAUCUGCAGAACCUUGUGUAGAACGCUCUCCAUCUAGUUCAUCUGCCCAAACUCCUUCACAAGUUUCAACCCCUCUUAAGGAAGAAAAUUCCUUGAAAGAUGUUGUUCAACAUAAAGACAUGCCUCUCUAUUCGCCUCCUAUUUUAGAACAAAUGCAUUUCAUGGAAACAAAACUUUCACCACAAACAGAUAUUUCUCCCCUGACUCCAACAUCAUCCUUACUGAGACAGUCACCUGGAAUCUCAUAUACUCCGCUAACAGUAAAUGAUACUACUAGUGAUCACAGAUCGCCUUCACCUUCUUUCCAGAGCAUAACUACCCCAGAAGCAAAGAAGGAAUCCCCAAUUCUGCAUAGUACAAAUCCCUUUGCAUAUGCUGCUGAUUUAGAUGAAAAGGACACAGAAAAUGAUAUGUGUGAUGCAUACAGGUAUUUGAGUGAAGCAAAUGACAGAUUUGUUGUUUCUGAGAGGCAGUCUUUUGCAGAAGCAAGGCAAGAUGUUGAUCUUUGUCUUGUUUCCGCUUGUGAAUAUAAGCAUCCCAAAACAGAACUGUCACCAUCUUUUAUUAAUCCAAAUCCUUUAGAGUGGUUUGCAAGUGAGGACAACUCUCAAGAACAAGAAAAGCCACUAACUCAGCUUGGAGGUGGGCAGCCACCCUCAGGAGGAAAGCAGAAGGCACGUCAGUGUGAUGAAACGCCUCCAACCUCAGUCAGUGAAUCUGCUCCAUCUCAAACUGACUCAGAUGUUCCUCCAGAAACUGAAGAAUGCCCAUCCAUAACAGCAGAUGCAAACAUAGAUUCAGAAGAUGAAUCUGAAACAAUUCCUACUGAUAAAACUGUAACGUACAAACACAUGGAUCCUCCUCCAAUUCCCAUGCAUGACCCAAGUCCUUCUCCACGACACCCAGAUGUUUCUAUGAUGGACCCAGAAGCAUUGCACAUUGAGCAGAAUUUAGGCAAAGCUUUGAAGAAGGAUAUAAAAGAAAAGGCAAAAGCCAAGAAAGUAGGUACUAAAACCAAAUCAUCAUCUCCAGCCAGGAAAAGUGAAAGUAAGUCAAAACUUUCAGCUGCUUCACCAAAACCUGGGCUCAUCAAAGAAGCAUCUGAAAAAUCUACAAAAUCAGCUUCUCCCAAAAAGAAAGAUUCUGUAGAAAAAGGACCAAAGGGAAGUUUAAAUCAAGAUCAAAAAACUGCAAAAGUGGAAGAAAAAGAUAAGGAAACCAAGAAUGCUGCUAAUACAACUGCCACUAAAUCUGCUAAAACAGGAACCACAGGAAGUGGAACAAAUAAAACUUCAAAAUCAGCUGCUGUGCCACCUGGACCACCAGUAUAUUUGGAUUUGGUUUAUAUCCCUAAUCACAGUAACAAUAAAAAUGUGGAUGUUGAGUUCUUCAAAAGAGUCCGGUCCUCAUACUAUGUAGUAAGCGGAAAUGAUGCAGCAGCUGGAGAGCCAAGCAGGCCGGUCUUGGAUGCUCUUCUGGAAGGCAAAUCUCAGUGGGGCAGCAAUAUGCAGGUAACCUUAAUCCCUACCCAUGAUUCUGAAGUGAUGAGGGAAUGGUAUCAGGAGACCCAUGAGAAACAGCAAGAUCUCAACAUUAUGGUUUUAGCAAGUAGCAGCACGGUUGUAAUGCAAGAUGAAUCCUUCCCUGCAUGCAAGAUUGAACUUUGAAAAGACCACCAUGCACCUCAUCACGUUACAUUCUUAGUUUCCUGAAAUAGCAUCCACAGAAUACAAAUGUCUUAAUCAACUGCAGAACUAUACAUUACUCCCCUGCCUCAAGCUGAUACGGAUGUUAAUAAUCUUUCCACCUUAUCUAUAUGCUCCAUUCAAACUGUUUCAAUCACUGCAAGCUCACGUAUCCAGGUUUAAAAUACAGGUUUGUAAAUCAUGCUAUUGCACACGAAAACCUUAGCCCAGGAUGGAAAUUUUUCUGUAGACUGAAAGACAAUGAGAGAGAAGAUUGGUGUGGAGCAGCUUCGAUAAACCGGAAGAUUUUGCAGCGCCACAGUAAUAAUAAUAAUGCUAUACGACACAUUUUAUUAUGUAAUAAUUUACAGCUACACUGCAGAGGCAGUCACACAACCACCUCACUGGUGGAAUUUUGGUAGAACGUUUUUUUGUUCUGCAUGACAGAGUCAGAAAGGAAGAGAGGACAUUCUUAUAUUUUGUACCUUAUUUUGUGAUGAGGCACAGACAGAGUUCGUAUAGAGACCGUGUAAGGUUUUGAGGCUAAGUUUGGUAAACAGCAAUGUUAUUGAAAAAUGAGAAAUCAUUUUUCUAUUGUUUCAGAAGUGUGGAUAAAAAGAACAAUGUACCAUUCCAAUCUGCAACAAAGCUGAGCUGUGCUGUGCUUUUGAUUAUCAUCCUAAACCGUUGUGGUGUAGAGCUAAGCAUGUUGGUGAAUACCACUGAACGAUAAAAAUGUUGUGUCUAAGGCAUACUCCUACUCAAUACCACUUAGUCCACUCUGACGUAUCACAUCAUACACGCGGCACACAUUCCAGCUCACAGAGUACACAAGCAGAAUACCAAAGCAUAUGGAGGUUAACACAGUAGACAAUAUGCCUUAGAAUGUGACUUGAAUGUACAAAGAUACUCAAUGCACUUAUUUUUUAAUGUCAGACAGCAAGUGUACAAAACAUCCAUGGUAUGUAAGAUUGUAGAUUCACAAGAGUGUGCGUGCAUGUAAGAGAUUACCUGAUGGGACAUGCCAUGCUUACCUGCAAGCACUUACGUAGGCCGCACUAAUGAACAACAGCAGCUUGAUGGGCGUUUUACCUGGCAUGAGAAAUUGGUUUGAGUGGUUAUGUUUCUGUUGACCUGAUUCUGUUAUUUGUGUAUGUGAUUUGUUGGAUUUAUGAAAUUUGGAACAAAUGUACAGUUUUGUUUUGUUUUUUUGUUUCUCUUUCUUGUAAUAUUUGGUUUUUACUUUAAUAACUCACAUGCACAUCCAUUGUGUAGCUGAUUUCAGAAGCAAAAGUAUUGUUUAGUCAGUUACGUACUAGGAAAGAGUACGCCUUUUAUUGGACUCAGUAUUUUCAACAUUUACUAAGAAAACAAAAGUCAGUAGAAAUGCUGCACUCAUCACAAUUUUGUAAAAAUAAAAUGUUAUAUUUUGGCUUAUGCUGCAUAUUAACCCUAUGUGCGCUAAGCAGUUGAGAGAAUCCAGGCAGACCAUUGGUGGCCUCUCUGGAAGUGAUUGGAUAGAAAUUCUAGAAUUUAUGUUUCAGAUAAGCUCUUAGGAAAUAAUAAAAAUGCACUGCCCACUAAUUCUAAAAGGGACUGCAAAUUCAUAAAGCCACUUUAAGUAGUUUUUUUUUUAUUAUUUAUGUUUAUUUUUGGUACUUAAACUAUAUAGUUUUGAAUUAUUUCCAUUGCACUGUAAGUCAAUGAACAAUGGUCCUGUUUUGGACAUACUAAGUCAAUUUAAUGCUGUGAAUUAGAAGAUACGUUUGUUAAAGAUUUGGUAUGUGAUUUGUGUAAACCAUUUUUUUUUCAAUAAGCAAUUUUAUGUAUUGCUUUCUUAUUUAUGUAAAACUGCACAUUAUUUUUGUCUUUUUAUAUUAUUUUUUGCAACACUUUCACUGUUAGUGGACGACUAUUUGGAAACGAAAGUGUUAAUCAUGAAGGCUAAUAAGAAUAUCCUGUAACUCAUGAAAAUUACAUUUUUUCUUAUUUAUUUACUUCUCAUGCAUUUUUUCCUUUUCAAAACUUUUUUAAAGGUGGUUUUUGUACUCAUACAUACAAAUGCUGUGUACAUUUUUCCCUCAUAUGUUUGUCUGAAAUGAUCAAGUACAAAUGAAAUAUAACUAAUAAUUAUUGCCUUGCAAAUUCAGUUUUUGCACUUUUAGCACUUCUCCUGUGAGAAUGCAGCCUCUUCCUGUGUGUGAUAAACCUAGCAGAAAAAACAGAGAACAAUUAAAAACAUGGUAAAUUAGAGAAAAUGAAUGAGUUUACGCUUCCGCACGCAAGACAAUGCCACUAAUUUGCCAGACAAUUUUAACUCUUUUGCUGCCAGAGAGUGCUGCAAAACAAAAGCUCAAAAAUUAAUUUCAAGGGAAUAAAAUUGUUAAUUACACUUGAUUUGCACCUCAGUUUAAAAUAUAAUUUGUUCUGUUGCGUUAUUUUUAAUAUAUUGCUAAAAAUAGAAUCUCUCAAUUUUCAUGUAGAUAAUUUAAAUAUCCAAAUGAAUCACUUUUAAACAUACUGCCAGACAAUAUAAGCGAUAUUUAUCAAAUGCCGACAUCUUUUUGUAUUGCUAUGGAGCACAAACAGGGCAAAAAUAAGUAUGACAAUUACAAAAGAAAAGAAUGGGUGAAAAAAAACAGAAGACAGGGUAAUUUUUAUCUUAAAGUUAAGUAUAAUUAUCAAACAGUGACUUCAAAUAUCCACCUUGAUUAUUCCUAAUAAAAUAAAGCCCAUAUUUAAUUCCUGAACAAUUAUGAAAUAAAUACUUUUCAAUACAGUUGAUUCUUAUAUCCUGGUUACAAGUUACAAGUUUCUCUUGCAAACGUUUCAAAGUUUGGAUGUCCUCUGAACAGAAAGACAAAUCAGUUUGCAAUAUAUAUUUGGAGUUUGAUGGUCGCGUGAUAUAAAAUGACUCUGUUUGAUAACGUUAUGCUUAAUUCAUUUUAUUCAGAGUGAAUUUAAAUAACAUGAAUGUGUUUUAAUGAAAACAGAGCUAUGCUACAACACACCGUUCUUGAGCAAUACAAGACAAAUGACAUUUAGAACAUGCAAAAAAAAAAUGUAGAUAACAUGGACUACCAUACAAAUGUUGUGCUAAAGAUACAAUAAUCUAGUGAUGACAAUUUAAUAAUUAAGAGUAAGACGGAUGUAAAUAUUCCCUGAAAGUCACUGUUAGACAUGUACAUACACAUAUAGGUUUGAUGGCACCACCAAAUCCUUGCCGUAUAAAAAUACUAACAAUUAAGUAACUAACUAGCGCAUUAAUAUAACCUGUGAGUUAUACAUUGGGGAUGUGUAAAGUUUAUUCUGUUGAUUUGUUACUUGGCUAAAAGGACUAUAAAAGUUCCAGUGUGGCUGGAAAAGGAUUAUGUCACCUAACUAAUAAGCAAUGACAUAUUACCCGAGUUACAUCUCUACAUCACGUAAUCUUGAUGUGGACUGAUAUGUGAGGAGUUUGAUAGAGAAAUCUAAUUUAAUAAAACACAUUAUUCUUAUCCUAAUCUGCAGAACAGACUACAAAAUAAUUAGGGUAAUUGCAGGAAACAGAUGGAAGUUUUAGUAAAAGCCAAUGAUAUACAAAUGACAAUAGUGUAUCUCUGGCCUUUUAUUUGUGCAGGGAUUUAAAAUAAAAUAAAAAAAAAUCUAAUUUUGGUAUUUAAUAAAUAAAACAAGCUUCCAUAUUUUUUAAUUGCUUGUGAUUCAGAAGAUCAUUUCUCAGUUUUUAUCAGUGGUAAUCUGGUCUCUUUAAAUUAUUUUCUUCAGACUUGAGGUAACCUAGAGAGGUUUAGUCAAAUAUCUUCCACUGAUAAGAAUGCAAAUGGAUUUUAAAAUUAUUUACCAUACUUCCAUCAUUUCCUCAGCAGCCAAAUAAAAAUAUCAAACAACAUAAAACCAAUAGACAAGUUUCAUAGACUGUAAUAAUAAAUGUUUAUCAAUGGUUUUUCUUCAUGGCAAACUAUAUAAGACUUCAGGCAAAUGGCAAACAGAAUAGCAAAGAAUGAAAUUGAAUUAAUUACGCUUCUCUGCAUUAUUUUUAUGGCUCCAGGCUCCCAAUGUGAGGAGCUGCAAGCAAUAGUCACUCAAGACUGGGCUGUGAUGUAACAAGAAAGCAAUUGUAGCAAUGAACUAUGCUUAAACACUUAUGCAUGCAGCCAAUCUUCCAAUUGAUGGAGAGAAACAGUCUUGUGGCUGGCUGAGAAGCUCCGUACCCUCACUCCUCUCUCGUUCUGAAUGGUGUUUGUGUCAGUCUGCAGCUGUGUAUGGUAAUAUGUCCUAUAACCCUGAUUAAUACUGCAUCACCUGUAUUCUAUCCAGUCAUAUCUAAUGUAGAUCAUUAGUUUACAGUGAAGUAAUAUGUAGUGCUUUUAUGAUAUUUGUGUGCAAUACCCCACCUCCACUGAGAAUAUUUGAUGUAAAGGAAAAACAAAUCUUGGUUCCACAAUAAAAUACAAAUGUAGUAAA